UUUUGGAGCACGGGGGGAAGAAAGUAGCAGCUAGCAGUUUGUCACGGCUACAAGCUACAACAUCAACCCGCACACACACACGCACUGACACACGCACGGAGAGCUCGGUGGAGGCUCGUUUUCACGCGCACAGCGGAUUUGUGGGGGUGUUUCGGGAGUUGUUUUUCUUUAGGGGGUGUGUUUGCUCCACGCUAGCUACUUCCUGCAUGUUAGCCAGGCUGGGCUAACGGAGAAGCUAACUGUUUACCAGUGGGUCAGUUUGAAUUAUUCAUGACGGCGCUCCGUGAUUGGUGGAGGCAGCGGUAGGGGCGGGGUCAGAGAGGGUUUGUGGAUGAAGGAGGGGAGAAGUGGAGUGUUUCUGCAGCACACAAUCACCGUGAUUGGCUGAUCUAUGAUGAUCAGGAUGUCGUUGGACAAAGAGACCAUCCUCCCUCAUGACGUCAGCCCCACCUUCCCCGCCCCCGUCAGCCUGUCAGAGCAGCCGCCGCUGGCUAAGACCCACCCCCUCCGUCCUAAGAAUGGCCUCCAGUUGCCCAGCAACAGCCAGCCCCCCCUCACCUCCACUCCCCCGACUCAGCGCAUCGCAAAGAGGCGGUACUCCAUGGGCGUCGGCUUCAAGGGACUGGCCAAGCAGCGUCGCCGCGCCAACAGUGACAGCCAGUCAGAGCCCAUGUUGCCAACUCACUUCCUGUUGGGCGGGAACAUCUUUGACCCGCUUAACCUCAACUCGCUACUGGACGAAGACGUCAACAGGGCGACCAAUCAGGAGACACCAAAGUGCUCACCCCUGCCAUCGCGGGGCGGGGACCCUGUAGAGAUCCUGGUUCCACGUGACAUCACCGACCCCCUGAACCUGAAAGGACGGGGCGGGGAUGGGCAGGGGGAAGGAGGGGUCCUGCUGUCCCCCCUGAAGUCCAGGAGGAGACACAGAAACAGACACCAUGGGGGAGGAGGAGGAGGAGGAGGAGGAGGAGAGAGGGAGGUGGUGCCAGCUCGACUGUUUCCCUCCACAGCUGGACUGACAGUUCCUCUGUUGACCAGAGAGGGCAGCGUUCCACCGUCUCCACUCCCCUGUGAACUCAACACGGCCAUCACCUGUCGCGAUGACAUAGCCCCGCCCCCCAUCCUCCCCAGGAGACACACCCACCCUCCACCAGGACACAGCCACAAGCCUGGUAACCAGGGAGACGGUCGCCAACGGAGACGGCGGCGCACCACCUCGAUGAGGUCGGCAGACUGCACUGCAAGCACUGGUACCAAGCCCACCAAGGUUCAGCCAACCAAAUUCCAAACACCGCUGGUGGGCGGGGCUAGAGCUGGCAGGUAUGGAGGAGCUCAGCCUGGCUCCACUCAGCUGCCAGAGAAGAAGAAGAAGGACAAACACCGCUACCAGUACGGCAACCACAGCCGUUACUAUGGUUACCGUGGUUUCUAUGGCGACAAGUGGGACGGGGGCAUUGGGGCAGAGGAGGACCCGCGACUCCGCCUCCUGGAAGCUGAUUGGUUCAGAGACAAAACGGUGCUGGAUGUGGGCUGUGGUGCCGGUCACCUGACGCUGGGCGUCGCCCGAAGGUUUAACCCCGCCCACAUCUUGGGGGUGGAGCUAGACCAGCAAUUGGUCCAUGCCGCCAAGCAGAACAUCAGGCACUUCCUGUCACAUGACCUGGUUGUAGAGGAGAGGAGGAGGAGGAGAGGAAAGCCGGGACCCUCCUCCUCCUCUCCUCCGAGGAAGAGGGAGGGAGGGGGAGGAGAGAGGGAGGAGCAGGUGGAGGAGGUGAUGGAGGAGUUGCAGCAGGCUCUGUCUCUCCUCCCCCUCCCCCUGUCAUUCAGGGUGAGUCGAGGUCCUCUCUGUGCUCCUCCUCUCCUCCUUCCCUCAUCAUCAUCAUCAUCAUCAUCAUCAUCGUCAUCCUCCAGGUUCCCCAACAACAUCACCUUCAUCCAGGGCGACUACGUGACAGCGCAGGGGGCGUGGCCCGGGCAGGGUCAGUAUGACGUCAUCAUGUGUCUGGGAGUGACUAAAUGGGUGCAGCUGCAGUCAGGUGACGGGGGCGUGGCCACACUCUUCAGACGAGCCUAUCAGAGCCUGUCGCCGGGCGGAUUGUUCAUCCUGGAGCCACAACCAUGGAGCAGCUACGGCCACAGCAAGAGAGCCUCGGAGAGGACGUAUCGCACCUUCAGGAGUUUGAGACUGAGACCUGAACAGUUCACCUGCUACCUGACCGACAGUGUGGGCUUCACCUCAUACAGACUCAUCACACACACAGGUAACCAGCGGCCCAUCUACCUGUUCCACAAAGGCCCCGCCCACAGGAAGUGAUGUGGAGGACAUCUGUUUCCAUGACAGCGGCCUUGGAAGCUGAUUGGUCUUUCUAUAUUUGACUGUGAGCUGGCAGCUGAUUGGCUCAACAGCGGAGCCGGUUUGAUGACGUCACAUGUGUGAGGGGAAUAAACUCACUCUGAUUGGACCGCAGGGUUUCUGUGAACGGUUGACACAGGCUCACGACGCCAAAGCAAAGGAUUGUGGGUGAUUGUGGCCUCCAGUCCUGGACUGUGAUUGGACACUGGAGGCUGACAGGAAGUGACACGUCUGUCUGGAACAUUUGUUUCUCUGCUUCAGUUUUUUUUUUGGUCAGAAUAAAGAGAAUUUAUCUGUUUGUUGA